UAUUGUUUCACCCCAGGAUUUCCCCCGCAGUCUGCCAUCAGGCCCUCUACUGUGCAUGCAUUGAGGCCACUGUAUACCACCAUGCCUCUCGACACAAUUUACCUCACCCGUCACGGCCACCGCCUCAACUGGACGAUAGACUACAAGACGGGCACCUACCAUGCUCAAUUCCCAACCCCAACAGGCAAUCCCGCCGAUCCCACCCUCACCUCCCACGGCGUGCGCCAGUCCCACGAGCUUGCUGCGCAUCUGACCAGCGACAGCAUCUAUCCGAAACCCUUUCGCGUCUACUGCAGCCCAUUCUACCGAUGUCUCCAGACAAUCCAACCAUCCGUGGAGGCCCUGAGAGCGCUCCACCAGAGGACCUGGUCGAACGAUGGUACCUCUCCGGCACCCCCAACCGAGAGCACCAUCGAACCCCACGCAGACUUCGACGUGCGCAUUGAGAACGGUCUAGGAGAAUGGUUCGGCCACACCACCUUCUUCGAACACCCGCAGCCCGCCCCGCACUCCAUCCUAGCCACCCACUUCCCGACCCUCCUCCCUCUCCCGCCUGCGACAUCACCGCCCCCGAGUGCACGGGACCAAGGAGGAAACCCCUUCUUCUUCUCCUCGUCGAAUCCCCAUGUCAUCCCCUCCCCCACCGGCGAGACCAUCGCCCAACUCCAUGACCGCGUCGCCACCGCCCUCUCCGGCAUCCUCGCCGACGUCGACGCCGAGAUCGCCGCGCUGGAGGCCGCCCAGCCCGCCCACGAGCCCCGCACCAGCAAGGCGAUCCUCAUCUGCUCGCAUGCGGCGCCCCUGAUCGCUAUGGGCCGCGCGCUGACGGGCCACAUGCCGCCGGACCCGAACACCGAGGACUUCGCCGUGUUCACGGCGGGCCUGAGUACCUUUCGCCGCCGCCGCCGUCGCCGCGGCGAGAGCGGGGAGCAGGGUGGUGCUUCGCCCGGGGCGCAUGCCGAGGUUCCAGCACUGGCACGGGGCACGAAAGUCCUUCGGGCUGGCACCACGGUCCCGGAGUGGCGUGGCGGCAAAGGAGUCGCUGGUGGGUGGGAUUGUGUGCGGAAUGGCGACUGUGGGUUUUUGAGCCAGGGGGCUGAACGAGGGUGGCACUUUGAUGGAGAAGAAGGGUUUGAUACGGGGCCGAUGGCGCCGGAGGAGGCGGGGCCGACGUCGAGUUUGGAUACUAUGGCUAGUGCCGAUGGGGUAGGUGAACGGGGCACGAAAUUGUAACACUGAUGCGUG